GAGCAGGGAGAGUGCGCCCACCACCGUCCCUUCCCCCCUCGAUGGGAGCGGGGGCGUCCCGGCCGCCGCAGCCGCCUGAGGAGGGAGAGCCGGGGGCCGUCACUUCAGAGUUGGGGCUCAGCAGUCCUCCGGGGAGAGCGCGCCAAGACCGCUGCAGCCGUUGGCCGAGUUGAGCCCAUCCACAGUAAUGGCCGCAGCCUUACCCAGGACCCUGGGGGAGUUGCAGCUGUAUAGAAUAUUACAAAAAGCCAAUCUACUUUCUUAUUUUGAUGCCUUUAUCCAACAAGGUGGUGAUGAUGUCCAGCAACUCUGUGAAGCUGGAGAAGAGGAAUUUUUGGAAAUCAUGGCACUUGUGGGCAUGGCUAGCAAGCCCCUUCAUGUUAGAAGGCUACAGAAGGCUUUGAGGGACUGGGUUACAAACCCUGGCCUUUUCAAUCAGCCACUGACUUCUCUUCCUGUCAGUAGCAUACCCAUCUAUAAAUUACCAGAGGGAUCACCAACAUGGCUGGGAAUAUCCUGCAGUAGUUAUGAAAGGAAUAGUAGUGCCCGGGAACCUCAUUUGAAAAUCCCCAAAUGUGUUGCUACCACCUGUGUGCAGAGCUUGGGACAGGGCAAAGCAGAUGUGGUGGGAAGCUUAGCUCUGCAGAGUGUUGGUGAAUCCAGACUCUGGCAGGGUCACCAUGCCACUGAGAGCGAGCACAGUCUCUCCCCAGCCGACCUUGGCUCUCCAGCUUCCCCAAAGGAAAGCAGUGAGGCGUUGGAUGCUGCCGCUGCACUCUCUGUGGCUGAGUGUGUGGAGCGAAUGGCCCCCACACUGCCGAAGAGUGACUUGAAUGAAGUGAAAGAGCUCCUAAAAACCAACAAGAAGUUGGCCAAAAUGAUUGGUCACAUCUUUGAGAUGAGUGAUGAUGAUCCACACAAAGAGGAGGAAAUUCGAAAAUACAGUGCAAUAUAUGGUAGAUUUGACUCAAAGAGGAAGGAUGGGAAGCAUCUCACACUUCAUGAGAGGUCUGCAAACCAGGGUCUGUGGGCCCAGUCUGGCCCACCUCCUGUUUUGCUCACUGUUAAUGAAGCAGCUGCUCAACUCUGUGUGAAGGAUAAUGCCUUGCUGACAAGAAGAGAUGAGCUCUUUGCCCUGGCUAGGCAGGUUUCUCGAGAAGUCACCUAUAAAUAUACUUACAGAACCACCAAGUCAAAAUGUGGAGAAAGAGAUGAAUUAUCCCCAAAGAGAAUUAAAGUGGAGGAUGGGUUUCCAGAUUUCCAGGAUUCUGUGCAAACUCUCUUCCAGCAGGCUAGAGCCAAGAGUGAAGAACUUGCAGCUCUUAGCUCACAGCAGCCUGAAAAGGUGAUGGCAAAGCAGAUGGAGUUCCUUUGCACCCAAGCUGGCUAUGAGAGACUGCAGCAUACCGAGAGAAGACUGUCUACAGGACUUUACAGGCAAAGCUCAGAAGAGCACAGCCCUAAUGGCUUAACUUCUGAUAACUCAGACGGACAAGGAGAAAGACCUUUGAAUCUCCGAAUGCCUAAUUUACAGAACAGACAACCCCAUCAUUUUGUGGAUGGGGAGGUGAAUAGAAUUUACUCCAGUGAGGCAAAGUCCCAGCCAUCAGAGAGCCUUGGGAUUUUAAAAGACUACCCUCACUCAGCUUUUACCUUCGAAAAGAAAGUCAUCAAAACAGAACCAGAAGACUCAAGAUAGCUGUGAUUCUCCCACUGUUCUUGGAAAUGGCAUCAAAUUUAAGGAUAAUGCUCCAUCGUAGAAAUAAGCCUUAAUAACCAAUGUUGCCUCAUUCAGCUCAAACAGAUUUCAUAGCCAAAGCAUCAGGACUGGUACGUAGUCUGUAGAAACCAGGAGGACAAAACAACAGCCACAAAAGAGAAAAUUGAGAGAGUGUUGCAAUCUGUAACAAAAAUAUUGAUUCAUUCACAUUCCUGUGUAAGUUGUUUUAUGUGGAAGGGCUUACAAAUUGAUAUUGUAAGCAUUCAUUAUUUAAGAAUGUACAAUGUGUUUGUGUACUUUAUAGAAGUAAAAUCUAGAUGUUGAGACCUGUAUGGUCCAAUAGAUGUGGAUACAGUUUAUUUUACUUGAAAUUUUGUUGUCUACUUUAAGUGUGUUUAGCAUAAAUAUUAUAUGUCAGAAUUUAGAAUCUUUGCAGUCAUAAAAAUGAUAGCUUAAGUAACAUAGUUGUUGGCAAGGUUGCAAUGAUUAUGGAAAAAUGGGAAGCAAAUACGCAAUUUAAACUAAGGAAAAUAUUAUGAAUUUAAUAUCUGAUAAAAUAUUGUUCAACAGGAAAUGUGUAGCACUGAUAUGUUAUUUUCAGUCAUUUAAUCAGUGCAUAAUUUACACGAUAAAUAGUGGAGGAAAGUUAAAAAGAUGCAGAAAAUAUCGCUUACCUAGUUGACUUAGAUGGUUUUAAUAGCUACUUAAGAUUUAACAAGAUAGGAAGCUAUUACUUGGAUAGAGAACUUGAAACAAGUGGACAGAUGUAUAAAAAAGCCUCAAUUUAAACAUUGGUAUUUUGGAAUGUGUUAAAUAGAUGAAGAUUUAAGGUAUAGUGAGUUAACCUUACGUGGGAUAAAGAUAUGGUGACUGUUAGCAAAGGCUAUAUUAGAUAGGUGUUGUUUUAUAUUCAGAAAUUCUUCUCCGUGUACAGGAAUCAGAGAGACUGGAUGGCUUUCACUAGGAUGUCUUCCUACCCAACAUUGCGUCACAAGUGUGGACAAUCACUGCAUCCACAUUUGCAGGAAUAUACCUAUGGAAGUUUAGUUGACACCUAUAUUAUUUAUUUUACAAUUUCAUUUUUCUGCACCUUUCAGAUUUCUGAAUACAGCUUUUUAAAAAAAUUCAUUUUGACCAGAAUUCAUGUUUUUAAUUCCCUCUAUUUAAUUAAUGGACUGUGUGAAUAUAAAUAUAUAUGGGGGUGUACUUAAAUGUACUUGUGUGCUAAUGAGAAUUUCACAUGGGAAUCCAUAGUGGUAAAAAAACAAAAACAACAUCUGCCAAAAUACUUUUUUUUUUUUGUUGGUUUAAGAGAAGAUAUUUGACAGCUUUACCGACUUCCUACAGAUUUAUCUAACCCAGAUAUUGCCAAGAAGUGUGUAUUGACCUGGAAUAUGUGUUUUUUUGUUUUCAGUUCUGCUCUAAAUCAUUACUGUGUAAAAAAUAUUAAGUCAUAAUCUGUUACACUAAAAUUUGUCAUCCAAAUGUUAGAUGAAAUGUCUGCACUGUAGUCUCAGAUCACUGUCACAUAUAUAAUUGCUUUUUCAUUUUGAUUUGUAGAAGAGCUUUACAGUAGAAACACCAGUAAGCAACUUUUAUACUAUGAAAAGACUUUUUCCCUUCCUAAAUGUUUUAGUCAUACCAUAGUGUUUUGCCCACUGAAGAAGCUUCUUAUGGACUUUGCAACUUUGUUGCUAGCUUGAGGUUGACUAUUGUGGUUGUAUUGUUCACUGUGUGUAGAUAUAGUAUGAGUACGAUUUAAAUAGACUGUUCAGUUUUUAAUAUUAGCCAUAGCACUGGUUAGUAUCUCAGUAGUUUCAUGAAACGUUUCCUGUAUUCUAAUCUAUUUUGAGAAAUUUUUUUUUAAUUGUGUCUUACAGUUGAAGUCUGUAGAUUUUAAUAAGCAACAAUUUUUAAAGAUGCAGUCAAUAAUCUUCCAACUAAUAUUUAUCCAUCUUUUGUGGACCCACAAAUUGCAUCUUUAAAUCCAUAAAUGUUCCCUUAAGUAUCAUACUUUUCUGGUCCUUCAAGCUUAGUGAUAGAGGGAAAAGCACAAGAAAAAUUUCAGUAGAAUACAGUUUUUAUUUUGUAAACACUAAUGUAUUAAACUUGCUAUACAUUAAAGCAAAUAAUAUAUAUUUUUAUUUGAAUUGUAUAUAUGAAUUGGAUGUUAUAACUAGUUGGUGUUUUCAUUGUGUUAGAGGUAUUUUCACUGAACAAGGUCAAUUGGUUACCUCAGUAUUACAGCUAAUGUAGUCCAAGGGACCAUUUCUUCCCAAGUCUGUUUUACUUUAUUGUGUGAUGUCUGUGUUUUUGUGACCCUUAAAGCUGUUGGUGAGGUGGGAUGAGUGCACUUGCUUCCUGUGGCAAUAAAGAUUUUCUGUGCCUCACA